UUUUCACCUUGCUUCUCAUCCUUCACAGCGACCUUGAACGAAGAUGCUUGGUAAUUCGCAUAUCUCUGGAUAGUGCUUAGAGAACGUGGUGAUUCUAAAUACCAGGGGCUCAACUCAGCCAAAUUCGCCUCCGUAGGACUGGGAGCAUCAGGUAAUUUAGUUUUGGUGCCAUUUGCAUUUGGUGAUUGUGUAUGGAUCUUAACCCGCUGAUUAGGAUUCGCAUCAACAAGAGCUUUGGUCGAAAAGAAAGCCAGGUCCAUUCUGAGAGCAUUCGUCAUACCGCGAAUAACCACAACAGGCUGAGUAAGACAGAACUUGGCCAGGUCAGCAGACAUUGCGUCCUUGCGUUUAUCCACGCAGAUACACGGUGUCGGGGGAAGUAGUUUGUCCAUUGGACAGGGAGGACUGGGGCUGUCGGGCGGAGAUGGUAGAGCAUCAGUCUCGGGUAGAAGGCUAUUCCACCAGGGACCAUCCAGACGUCCGAGGCCUGACACUGAAUCAAUUAUCUGUUUAGCACUCAUCGAGCUAUUCAGUUCCCGCAACGGCCAUUUCGGUUGAGGCAGGGGUUUGAUCAAUAUCGCUUUCAGACUCUUGACGUAUUUUGUAGGUGCAGAGGGUUUCUGUGAAACCUCAUUUGGUAUAUUUGAACUAGGGGUAUUUGCCAUGGUAGCAGGGCCACAAUGAGUACCUUGUUGCAGAUGUUGGCCCGUCGACGUCGAAGUCGUUGUCUCCUGUUUCAUUUGAAGGAUGGAGUCUUGAUGCUGGAUAUCAUUCUCCGUCGACGUUGCAUCUGGUUCAGAUACUACAGGUGCACUGUUCGAUGACAAACCACCUUCAGCUCCACCAUUUGCGGAUCCAGGAGGGUUAUGAAAGAGAGCAAUAUCCAGAUCAUCCCCAGUGCCAUUAAGCUGAGCAAAUAUAUCAUCAUCAGUGAAUAGAGAGAAAUCAUCAUCAGGCAACUGGUCAGCACCCAAUCCAGCAUCAUUCGCAGCCACUGAGAGCAAAUCUGCAACAGUAGCAUCCUCCGGAUUCUGCUGCUGCUGUUGUUGUUGUUGACUCUGGUGAUUCUGCUCGUUUUCCAACUUUUGACAUUCUUUUUCAUCACCAUUAGGAUUUUUUUCUUUUCCAGUAGAGCCCUCGGAUGCACUAUCCUUCCUUCCACCACUCUCAGAAUUAGAAUUAGUGCUUUGUUGGCGUUUAAAGAUACUUGGAUCAACUUCAUAGAAUGGAUCCUUCAGUGUCUCUUCAGGGUGUUGUUUCUUGUAGAUAAGGUAAUUGAAUGCCUUUCUAUGUAUUGCUUCAUAUUGUCGACGUUGUUUAGCAGUCAUACUGUUAGCUAGGUACAUGAGGGAGUAAAGGGUGUUGAUCUCUUCCGUAGUCGGAAAAUCGUCUUCAUCCGAUGAAGAUAAACUUCGCUUUUCUGAUUUUUGUUGCAGAGCAACAUCUUCAGCGCCUUCCUCAAUUUUCAUUCGUUUUAUAGGUCUUGGAAUUAUUUCGGCUUCGGCAUUAUCUAUCCCAGUCUCCUUCUCUCCUCCUGUUUCUUCCCCUUUAUCGAUCUCUUCAACAACUUUCUCAUUCUCCCCCUCCAUCUCGUCCUCUUCUAACUUAAUAACAUUAUUCUUUAGGAGAGCGGACCAGUGCUCUGCACUGUUAUUGAAAGCCGAGCAUUGUGAUCUGUUGGCCUCUUGGAGCAUGAGUUGGAUUUGUCUUUGAGUGAGUUCCGAUGGGAUGGGAAGGUCCCAAGCGGCGUCAACAGUGGGAAGUUUUCCAGUGGGUGGAAUUCCCCCUGCAGCUGCGGCAGCGCUCACUAGACCAGAGGGGUCUAGACCACUGGUAGGCCCGACUGGAAUUUUGUCUCCCAAACGGGGAAGUAACUGUUGA